UGGGUCCCGAUGGAUCCGGAUGGUGAGGUAGUGGGGUUGAUCUUGGCUCGAGGCGGCUCUCAAGCCAUCCCUUUGAAGAACAUCCGGCCUCUCCAAGGUCGACCUUUGAUCUUGCGCAGUCUCGAGUGUAUGCUCGAAUUUGGGCGUUUCUCGUCUAUUUGGGUCUCCACGGACCACCCCCAGAUUGCCGAUUGUGUUCUAGAAGCCUAUCCGUGCGUGCACAUCUUCCAUCGAUCCCCGGAACACGCCCAUGAUACGGCCAGUUCCAUUGCGGCCGUGCGGGAGUUCAUUCACGCCCAAUCGGGUAUCACGCACGUGGCUUUGAUUCAAUGUACCUCGCCCUUUUUGGGCGUGGCGUAUUUAGAGCGGGCUUGGGACUUGACGCUCAAGGGUUAUCAAUCGGUUUUUAGUGUUACGCGUCAGAAAAAGUUGCGUUGGUCCGAGAUCCGACCAGGGGCGUGUCAAUAUACCACGCCCCUCAAUUUUGACCCGGCCCAUCGGCCGCGCCGCCAAGAUUGGGCCGGUGAAUUAGUGGAGAAUGGCAUGUUCUAUUGGGCCAGUCGAGAUCUGAUCGAACAAGGGGUCUUGCAAGGGACCCAAUCCGCUUAUGUCGAGGUUGAUCCCGCGGACUCUCUUGAGAUUGACACUGAAUUGGAUUGGAUGUUGGCGGAAUUGCGCUUAUUAAGAGAGUAACGCCUGCCCAUUGAUUUUAUGCUCCUCGUCCA